UAUAUAAGAAUAAACAAAGUAUCAAACGUUUUGAAUUACCUAUGAUUAUAUUUAUGGUUUUAUUUAUGCCAGAAUUCAUAAAUAUGGAUAUUCAGUCAGUUGAUUCUAGUCGUAAUCGAUCAACUAAUCUGUCCGAAAUUACAUAUCAACAUUUUCUUGAUAUGGAAACUUUAAAUAAUCGAUUAAUACUGUUGGAUUAUGAAACUUAUGUAGUGAAAACAUUAAAAAUGAGACCAAUUAAUCGACAUUAUUUUGCUUUGCAAACUAGUUCCGGAGAACAAUUUUUUAUGUUUGUAUCUCUAGCCAUAUGGCUACUAAGUAAACUCGGUAAAAAUUUAAAGCAACCACAAGAAUAUGAUGAUCCAAAUUUAACUGUAAAUAGUAUACUAGAAUCGUCUGCUCAACUAGAUUUAUUUGUUGAUUAUCCAAUUAACCAGUUAAAACAAGGGUUUGGAAAACAUGUGAUUGAUAUUUUAAAUGGUCUUGCUGAAUUAUCUUUGAAAAAAAUUAAUUUUCCUUACAAAAAGCCUUUUUUUCCUGUCGAAAAGGAAGAAGUAGAAGAAUUACCUGAAAAUAAUGCAGAACUUUUGUUGGAACAUGUUGAAGAGGAAAUGGUUUGGACAGAUUCUGAUUCUGAUGAAGAAAAUAUGCUUAAUAUUAAUGAUUUAUCUGUUUUGAAUAAGGUUAAGAGACAAACAUCUCAUAAGACAAACAAAAACUUAAUCCCUUCUACCAAUAAAGAAGAAUGGAAUUUAGAGUUAGAACAAGUAUUACCUUUACUACGGGUAACAAUUAAACUAGAUUAUAAAGAUUGGCGAACAAGUCUGCAACAAAUGAAAGAACAUAAACUUAUGAUGAAUUUAUCAAUAGAAAAAGUUAAACCACUUUUGAUUAAUCUUAACAGUAUAUUAAGAGAAACUAUGGAAAAAGUAUAUAGUAGAGAACAAUACUUAAAUAGUUCCUUAGAUAAUCUUUUAGUGGAAUAUCGUACUUUUCAGGAUGAAUUAGCUAGAAUUAAUGAUCAUUACAAAUCUCUUAGUAAUGGUAUUGUAGAAAGACAGAAUAUAUUAUUAAAAAUCACUGAACAAUUAGAUAUUAUUAAACUAGAAAUGGAUGAAAGAGGGUCAAGUAUGACUGAUGGAACACCAUUAAUCAAUAUAAAAAAAGCAAUAGGAACUAUAAAAAGAGAUAUUAUGGAAAUGGAUGUUCGCAUUGGUGUAUUACAACAUGGAUAUUUCAUAUCUAAAGUACAUGAAAAAUCUAUAAUUCAAGAUACAAUAAUGAGACCCUUGUUUCCUAGAACUGUUUUGUAAUAAUUUUUACUUAAUUCCCUUUUAACUUAAUUAGUAAAAAAUGUAUUUUUCUUACGUCUUAAUACUUUUUUUAGUAAUUUUAUUAAUACCUACAUUAAUAGCAAUUAAUGUAUUGCUACAUUUCAGUAAAUGUAUAUAGAUAUUUAUUAUUAGACCAAAAACUUUUGUUACAUAUGUCAAAAUGUAU